GGAUUUGGGUUUCUAUUCUGGGUUUCUUUAUGUUGCUAUAUUGCUAGUUUAUAGAAGAUGGUGAUUGUGGCUAAUAUUCAUAAUAGUAUCAUCACUUCUUUGAACACUAUCAUGGGUUAUGACAUCUUUCAUUUUCUUAAAUUUUCCUCCCAUAUCGCACACUGUUUUGGUUACAGGUUUCUGAAAUUUUGUGCAAAAUGUAACCUCUCUGUUAUUGCCACUGGAUUAGGAAGCACAAGUGUUGGAUUGACUGUGCUGUGAAUGAGGAAGAUUUCUCAAAACAAAAAGGAAAAAUCGUCUUAGUUUUCAGAAUACUAACUUAGGACUAAUUUCUGGUAGCACAGUUACUGCUAUGCUAUGCAUGGUCUCCUCAGAAGCCCAACAUUGCUCAGGAUUCCNGCCACAAAUGGCAUCAUCAACCGUCGCUUUUUCCGAUCAGAACAACAAAGAUGUGCUGAUCUCAUUGAUAUAUACGCUCGCGAUCGAGCGUUGCAUCUUGGCAAGAAGCUGCACGCGAGCUUAAUCACCAAAGGUUUCUCUCGUUUCAACGUAAUUGCUUCUAACCUCGUAACCUUCUACGUGUGCUGUAGCCAACUCUCCCACGCGCGAAAACUGUUCGACAAAAUUCCCACAACAAAUGUUCGCCGNUGGAUUGCCCUCAUUGGCACGUGUGCUCGCUGCGGCUUCUACGAUCUCGCGCUGACGGUGUUCUCUGAGAUGCAGGCCAUUCCAGGGCUUACGCCAAACUANGUAUUCGUCAUCCCCAGCGUUCUCAAAGCUUGCGGCCACGUUGGGGAUCCAAUCACUGGAAAGAAGACGCAUGGCUUGAUUUUGAAGUGUUCCUUCGAACUUGAUUCGUUUGUGUCCAGUGCAUUGAUAGUUAUGUACUCCAAGUGUGUGAAUAUUGGGGACGCGCGCAAGGUGUUUGAUGGGAUGGUUAUGAAAGACACNGUGGCUCUAAAUGCCGUUGUUGCUGGGUAUGUUCAACAGGGUNCUGCAAAUGAGGCACUGAGUUUGGUGGAAAGUUUGAAGUUGAUGGGUUUGAAGCCAAAUGUGGUGACUUGGAACUCUUUGAUAUCUGGGUUUUCGCAGAAGGGUGACCUGGGAAUGGUGUCUGAGAUUUUUAGAGUAAUGAUUUCAGAUGGGUUGGNGCCUGAUGUGGUAUCAUGGACUUCUGUUAUAUCUGGUUUUGUGCAGAACUUUCGUAAUAACGAGGCAUUUGAUGCGUUUAAGCAAAUGUUGAGUCACGGGUUCUGCCCAACUUCAGCUACUAUAAGCACCCUUUUGCCUGCUUGUGCUACUGUAGCAAGAGUUAGAAUUGGUAGAGAGAUUCANGGCUACGCUNUGGUGACUGGGGUGGAGGGAGAUUUAUAUGUAAGGAGUGCUCUUGUUGACAUGUAUGCAAAAUGUGGGUUCAUUUCUGAAGCAAGGAAUUUGUUUAGUAGGAUGGCUGAGAAGAACACGGUUACUUGGAACUCCAUCAUUUUUGGUUUUGCGAAUCAUGGGUAUUGCGUGGAAGCUAUUGAGCUCUUCAAUCAGAUGGAGAAGGAAGGGGCUGCCAAGCUGGACCAUUUAACUUUUACGGCAGCUCUCACUGCAUGCAGUCAUGUUGGAGACAUUGAACUUGGGCAGAGGNUGUUCAAGGUCAUGCAAGAAAAAUACGGUAUUGAGCCACGGCUNGAGCAUUAUGCGUGCAUGGUGGAUCUUCUUGGUCGAGCUGGGAAACUCGAUGAAGCUUAUUGCAUGAUAAAGGCUAUGCCAAUUGAACCUGAUUUGUUUGUGUGGGGUGCAAUACUGGCUGGCUGUAGAAAUCACGGUCAUGUGGAGCUUGCCGAAAUCGCUUCUCUGCAUCUGAUGGAAUUAGAGCCCGAGAGUGCUGNAAACCNUCUUCUGUUGNCUAGCCUAUAUGCUGAUGCAGGCAAAUGGGGAAAGGUUGAGAGGAUCAAGAAAAGGAUAAAGAAGGGAAAGCUCAGAAANCUUCAAGGCUUGAGUUGGAUAAAUAAUUUAUAACAUUAUAGGUCGGUGGAGGCCAUAGGUUUUGCUUCAUGGAGAGAAUGGUGCACCUAGAGAUGUAAUUUUGGAUAAAUAAUUUAUAACAUUAUAGGUCUAGUGUUUAUAGAAAUUUUUAUUCAAACAGGAUCAAAUUUAUCUCCUUCUGCUCUUAGUGCAGAAAUGUAAUCAAUGAUUUUUCAUUUUGUUGAUUUGGAUCCACAGUCACCUGACCUUAGCGGAAUAACAUGGUUCAAUCUUUCUGCCA